GCAGAAAGGCGUAAAACGGUCUCGCGCCCGGUAAAAGGGAUUUGACAGAUGCAAGUCUUGAGCGGAUCCCCGCACUUCGCUUCCUCAGUGGGGCCGGAGGAGCCAUGGCGGCUGCUGCCUGCGGACAGCACGGCGCUGUGGUAGCAACCGCAGUCAGCGGCAAAAAGACGGUCACUUACCGGGAAUACAACAAGAGGAACCGGGAGAACUCCCGCCGAAGACAAGCAGCUCUUUUGUUCCUGACCAACAUCUCUCUCGAUGGCCGGCCAGUCCAGAGUAAUUCAGCGGAGAAUGGAAGGAGCUACAACAAAGAACCGGAGUUUGAUGGAGCAAACCCCGGCACCGCAGCAGCGGAUCCCCCUCACACGAACAGACUGUCGGCGUCUGUCAGUUGUGGGGUCGUUAGUCCCGGAUCGAAGGCAGGUCUCCCAGUACCGCCGAUCCUGGUCCUUCCGUCCGAUAAAGGGCUUAACGAUGUGGGGAGCACGGAGGUGCUGCUGGGAUGCCGCCGAGGCUCGUUCCCGUCUCAUGGGGACGGUAACCUGCUCUCCCCGUCCCCUUCCAACAACAGCCUGCUACCGUCUCCGCUGGGACCGCGGAAGUCCUCCACGCUGCUGUCGGUCCAGAGCUGCAACUCCGUGUCCUCCGAACCUCGGCACAGAACUCGGAACCUUUCUGGUGGUUCUCCGAGGCCCCGACAAGCUAAGAAGAUCCACUUCAUUAAAAACAUGAAGCAGUACGACACCAGAGGCAGCAGGAUCGUGCUCAUCUGUGCGAAGAGGUCUCUGUGCGCUGCCUUCUCUAUCCUGCCGUACGGAGAGAGCUUCUACCUCAGUGACCCCACAUUAAACCACCCCAGGAGGAGACACUCCUCUGGGAACAUUUCCACCACCCUGGAGAUGCUGCCAGGACUCGAGGGUUUCCAGCUGGACUCUUAUGGGAGGUCGGUGUCCUACGCCCAGUUCCUGUAUCCCACCAAUGCUCUGGUGAGGUGCAAGCCGUCGUCAGUCAGUGACCUGACGCUACAGAUCCCCAUGUCCAGGAGCACACACAGCAUCCCGGGCCGGAGCCACCCGCCCAGCCGCCUGAGCAGCACCGUGGGACUGGAUCUGGGUGUGGAAGACGUGUCAGAAUACGACCCAAACCUCCUCAGUGACCCCCAGUGGCCUUGUGGGAAACAUAAACGGGUGUUGAUCUUUGCUUCCUACAUGACGACCGUUAUCGAGUACGUCAAACCGUCCGAUCUGAAGAAAGACAUGAACGAGACUUUUAAGGAGAAGUUUCCCCACAUCAAGCUCACUCUCAGUAAAAUCCGCAGCCUGAAGAGGGAGAUGAGGCUCAUCGGGGAAGACUGCGGCCUGCAGCCCGUCACCGUUGCAAUGGCGUUUGUGUAUUUUGAGAAGCUGGUGCUGCAGGGUCGACUCAACAAGCAGAACAGGAAGUUGGUGUCAGCUGCCUGCAUCCUUUUAGCUGCUAAGAUCAGCAGUGACCUGAAGAAGCAGGAGGUCAAACACCUCAUAGAUAAGUUGGAGGAGCGCUUCAGGAUCAGCAGGAAGGAGCUGAUUUCGUUUGAGUUCAUCAUCCUGGUGGCCCUGGAGAUGGCGUUGUACCUCCCUGAGAGCAAAGUGUUGCCUCAUUACAGGCGGCUGCUGCAGCAGGUGUAGCAGCGCUUGGCUCAGCGGCACAGCGGCAGUCUGCUGCUCCGUCUUCCACCCAGAGACUCCCAGCACCUUCCACCACCUACACUGUGAUCCUCAUGAUGCCUUGCUCAGAGGCGUCUGAGUGGUGCACAAUAAAAACCUGAGAGGGGAACCAAAGUUACGACACACUGUGACAUCAACAAACGAAUUAUAGGGGGUCGGAUAAUCAUAGAGAAACUGAGGCCUAAGAAAUGACUGUUCCCAGUACAAACCAGUCAUUUUAGAUCCAGUUCCUACCAGGAAACUCCCAGUUUACUUCAUAUCACUCCCAGUGAUGCUUAAUUUUUUACACACAGUUGUAAAAUUUAAAAAAAUUAGCAACUCUUCUGAGUGAUAAGAAGGACAUAUUUCUCCCUAAAUUAAUUUAAAUAACUUAAAAUGAUCUUAAUUUUUCUAGUACCUGAAUUCACUGAAACAUCUUAACAAUAAUCAAUAAACAAAAAAUAUAAAAUAACAAUAAAUAGUGGUUAUAGUGAGCAUCUUUUCAGUUUAAUCAUGCUUGAAUAGGUGUCGCUGUAUUACGAAUGGGUGAUACUGACUUAAAAUUUCAUGAUAAUUGAAAAAAUGUUUUAUAGUUGAUUAAUUCCUCAACACAGGCAGUGAAACAGAUGUUUUCAAAAUGAACAACUUACAAAGUUGUAAGUUCCUGCACCAAGAAUUUGAUCAUUAUAAUUUCUGUUACUUAGUAUUGAUCUACAUUUUUCACUUCCAAUACUGAUAUCUGAAUAUCGCUAAAUUGACUUAAAAUGUUUUUUUUUAAACACAGACAUAAAUCUGCUGAAUUACAACCUUUCUCAAACAUAUAAAAAUUAACUGCAUCAAACCGCUAAGAGGAGAAUUUAAGGUGCAAAAGCUUUUAAAACGGUUAAAAGAAGAGUUCAAACGUGGUUACUGAGCAUUUGACAAUCAUUAUAUUGCACUCCAAAUAAUCUGAUCAGCUGCUGCCAGAUGUUGCUUCUGAAGCGAGAUCUGCGGAGAAUAAUCAGGAAGUUUCCUGGAAAGUUUCGGGAUCAUCGUCUCCUCCUCCUCCAUGUGCUGUGAUCGUGUUUAUUCACGGACUGACGGUGUUUCUCGUAGCGCCUGAAAGCGUCAUCCACCUUUCUGUUCACACUGAGCUGCAGUCAGAAGCUCCAGCUGUGCAGUUUGGAUGUUUAAGUGCCUUUGUGUGGUGAUUUCAUGCAAAGCAGAGCCGAUUCAGUCGUCUUCCAGUCCUGUAAUCCGUCCUCCUGCUGCACCGGCAGACGCUGUGAUCAGAAAACGUUUCUUCGCUCUGAACAUCUUCCAGCAUGAGAAACGUUGCCGUCUUGUGUCUGCUGUCCGGAAACAUCUGUAGUGUUUGUGUUGCUAAUGGUUGUCUCUGAUUAAAAUGUAUAUUUGAGAGGGUGAAACAGGAACAAAAGUUCUGCUAAACGUCCCGUUUAAGGGAAUGAACUCUGACUGCAAACAUCCUCACUCUGUGAAACGUCACUAAGAAAACUCCAACCUUUGUUUUCCUGAGCUGCAGCAGAAAAGCAAUAAUGAACUCACUCUUGAACUCUUUGUUUUUAUUGUACCAUAAAGGGAUGAAUCUGUAACCAAACCGAGGUUUCUGUUAGGAUGUGUGCAGCUGUUCUUUUCUUCCUUCUAAAUUGGGCAUUCUUUCCUUGGCGGCCAUGUUGGGGGAAGUCCAGCCCAGCACUUCCUGCUGAGCCUCGGUUAUUUUUGCACUUUGCCUUUUUAGCCUCACCUCAGUCUUUAUUUUGUCACUAAGUAAUAAUAUUUUUCUACAUGUGAACAAUCUUUAUUGUAACAUUGAUUGUUUUGAAUGAACUGUGUCACAGAAACGUAUUUAUUGCUAAUAAUCUGUCAGAUAAAGGAGAAUCAUGUGCAAGCUGAUAUAUGUAGCUGAAAGUUACUCCAAAUACAACCCGAUUCUGAUUCUGAUUCUGCGUUGUUAGACUGACAUCCAUGUUCUUCCACUCGUGUUUUUUUGGACUUGUGAAAAUGUGUUUGGGUUCAUCUGGAACCGUUUGUUGGAGCAGGAGAGACGCUUCCUGUACUGCAAAAACAUACAAAGUAUUUUUGUGUAGUUUCUAGUGCGAAUAUCUUGGCACACUUGGAAUAAAAUAAAACUACUAAGUAACUUUUCAGCAAGAUAUGGGAGCUUGUUUUACGUCGAUAACUUAUUAUUGAUGUAAUGAAUGAUUUCUCUUUUAAUAGGGGAAAUAUAUCUUGCUACAAGUUAAAUAAUCUGGCAACGUAACAAGUACUUUUUAGUCAAUAUUAAGAAAUUAUUGACUUAAAACAAGAUCCAACAUCUUGCUGAAGAGUUACUUGUAAGUUUUGUCUUAUUUCAGGUUUCCUAAAAUAUUUGCACUAGAAACUCGACCAAACAUCACAGACCAGAUGUUUUUCUUGGUAAAGCUGGAGGUUUCUGCAGCUCCACUGUCGGUUUCAGAAUGCUGAUUUCUUUUUUGUUUUUUUGUUUUUAGACUGACCUUGUUACGUUUUAUUAACAUCCAUCUUUAUGCUUUCAUGGGUUGCAAUUAAAAAAUCAAAAACAUGAUCAGGUUUUCUCUCCUGCUCCAAUUAAAAGUGCUGAAAAAUCUGCAGUCUGCUCACAUACUGGACAGCAGAGCCAUUUUUAAUCAAUUCAGGAAAUAACUGAGCUUCAUACAGAAGGUAUUUGAUAAAAAAAAAUUAAACACUUCAACUGCCAUUUUGCUUAAUCAGUUUAGCAGACACUAUUUUUAACCUUUUGUUUUCCUUCGGGCGACAAAAACGAUCAUUUUCUGUUAUAAAGUAACCAAAACUCUCUUUAAAUAAAGGCUGCAGUCGUUUUCUCUACAUUAGAGAAGUUUUAUUUUUGCAGCUUUUAUUCUCUCAGCUGACCUUAAUUCUUUCCUAUGUUGUGCCACAGCCUCAUUUGUUGUAUCUAGUUUAUUUUUCCAGCACUGAAACACUGCAAAGGGAAAUAUUUAUCAAGUGUUUGACUUCUGUUUUUCUCUGUUUUCAUUGUAACUUAUUUCUACUUCAAGCUGACAUACGUUCUUUUUGUUUUCAUGUAAUUGCCAGUUUAUUUCAACAACAAUAUCACACGAGUGUAAGUUGUGGCAGUGUUUUAUUUUCAGCUGCGAGUUCCAGUGAAACACAUUUACUCAGUCAACAGCUGCUGCAGUGGAAAUAAGUGUGAUUUUCUCUGCAGGACAGUUUGGUUUUCUAAUUUGUUUUGCAAAACAUAGAGGCCAUUUUAAAAAAUGCAAAUGUUUAAAGUCAAAUUUAUUUUUCAUUAAAAUAUUUAAAUUUA